AUGUUAUCUCAAUUCUUGAAUCUACGUUUGAAAAGUCAUACGACUACCUCACAAACUUCCGGCUGGCGACCUUCUUACCUACGAAAACGAAUUUUGAUUCUUUUUAUUAUCAUAUUCGCUGCAAUUAUCGCCGCCCUCGAAGUAAUAUAUCAAUCAUCCGAAGCUCGCAAUGGGAUCGCUAUUUCCACACAGGAUCGCCAUUACUUUUGGACCUACGGACCGACCGCUAUACUCACUGUCAUCACCACUCUCUGGUCACGGGUCGAAUUCCAGACGAAGCAAAGUGCUCCCUGGCAGGCACUGCAUGACAGCCCUCAACCAGCAGACAAAAGUGUACUGCUAGAUUACAUUUCGGACAUGCAGCCAGUGGUGAUCUGGAAAGCCUUGAAGAACAAACAUUUUGCAGUCGCCUCAGCGACCUCAUGUUCCUUGCUACUACAACUUCUUAUAAUCUUCUCGACAAGUUUAUUCUCACUCCAAGAAGCUCAAAUUCAAAAACAUAAUAUACCCAUCAACAUCCAUGAUACCUUCAGCACAAAGAAUUCCGAAAUCGAUACUGUUGGCUCCCAACCAUACGAUAUUCUUAACGGCAUACUCUUUGAAAAUGUUACAUACCCCUUGGGGACAACCGAGAACCUUACAUUUCAAGAAUUUUCAGCCCCCAGCCUCCCCUCAAAUGCGAUAGUGACUGCCCCGAUCCACGGAUUAAUGGCUGAAUUCAAUUGCGAAGAUGCUAGUCUAGAUAUAAGGGCCCUAAACUACGUGACCACGAAUGAAACCGGGCGAGUAGCAACCAAUUUCGAUGUCGACAUCUUCACGUCUUCUUGUGAAAUUGCCAACAUAAGCCUCAUAUCGGUCGAUGUGACGCAAAGCGCGUUCUUCCAAGGAGGGCAAUGCGAAAACAUUGACGGCUCAGAUGGCUAUCGUAUUGUGUUGACAAUGGCCCAGCCAUAUCAAAUAAAUGUCACGUCUAUCGCAACUCCCGCCGAUCAUGUUAACGACACUCAUCAUCAGACUGGUUGGAAAAAAACAUACAUAGGACUUAACAGAACAAUCUCGAUGAUUUGCAAACCGACUCUUUCACUUCUCAAGCUAAAAGCCGAAUCGAAUGCAACUGAAUUGUCAUCUGGUGCUCGCAUUCAAAAAGUCGGAUCAGAGGAUGCCAACAUCCCAGGAAUAACGGCAGGAGAUAUUGCAAAGUUCAUCAUUGACAAUUCCACUGCUACCACGGGCUUCAGACCAGUUGAAGACUAUAUCCCGUUUUCAUACUACUCGCAUAUCGACACAGGCUUUAACCUUGGACUACAUCUCAUUGGAGAAAAUAUCACUGUUCCAACGCUUUGGCAAGAUGGCGUUCUGGAGAGUUCUGGCAAAGCGUUCUAUCGUGCAAUUACUGCCUUGUUGAUGCACAUGGGACUCGUUCAAAGAAAGCAGUCAGCGACAACAGGUCUAGCAAUUGUUUCUGAGAAUCGGGUGAUGAUGAUGGAGCUACCUCUCCGUGGAAUGGAAGUAUGCUUAGCACUUGCAGUAUCUUUGGCCAUUUCCAUGGCCAUCCUCAUACCAGGCACGUCGAUAACUACGUGGAGCCCAAAUAAUGUUUCCUCGAUCGCGGCGAUAACAGCAAAUAGCGCGACAUUUCGAGAAUCUCUUCGUGGGACUGGUGUGGUAUCUCACAAGAAUCUCCAGAGUCAUCUUGUGGGUCAAAAAUAUUACUUACAGUCCACCCCCAAAGGUACAUCUAUUGAAACCACCGAGGAUGGCCGCCGAGAAUCAAAAUUUGAUUUCAAUUUUGGCUCCGAGUAUAUCACAUGGAAACCCUUCCCUGGGAUGAUUGGUCGCAUAAUAAUAUUCACUCUUGUUCUCUCGGCAAUCGCGGUGCUAGAAGCACUUUUGCGAGUUUCGCAGACUAAAGACGGACUAGGAGAUGCAUCAUCAGGAAAUGAGUACAUGCAUUAUUUGUGGACAAUAAUUCCCGCCCUAGCAAUGGUCGGAAUAAGGCUAUUUUUUGGGAGUUUGGAUUUCAACAUCAGAUGCCUUGCUCCAUACGCACCUCUCACUAAACCCAAAGGGGCCUUGUUUGAACGGUCCAUGAAUUUGAGUUAUCUAGACUCAUUGGGGCUAAACAACACGUUGCGAUCCAUCAGUUCGCGCCAUUUUGCAGUUCAAGCGACCACACUAGCUACAACUGCAGCAUUUUUCUUGACAAUCAUCACCAGCGGUCUAUAUUCCGUGGUCGAAGUUCCUUCCUACAACGAGGUCAACUUUACCCGUGUUGGGGGAUUUCCUGACCCGAGAACUAUUGCCGGGCCCCAAAGAUUGAUGGAUGAAAGCAAAGAAGUUGAUGGCAUGCUUACUGCCGAAUACAUUCUUCAGUACAACUUUUCCUAUCCUCGUUGGACCUACGAGGAGCUUGCCUUCGCGGAGAUUUCCAUGAGCGAGCGUUCAAAUGGAGGGCAUUUGAACGCAUCCUACGUCGAUAUCACAAUUCCAGCAUUGAGGCUUGCCCCUCAAUGCAAGAUCCAAACUACCGCGGAUCUGCAACCGAAACUGACUCGGCCUCAGUUUGGGCCAGCUGGCAGUCACCAGCUUUGGUUUAAUCAAUUGACUUUUGCUUGCCCCGGUAAUAAUACUAACAGCAUUGGAAAUCUAUCACUCAGUGUAUGGGACGAAAUGGGAUCUGAGCCUUUUGGAUACUCGUUCGAAAGCCAGUGCAAUUUCGAAAGCGGGAACAGCGACGGGGUUGUGGGCGCGUCCCAUUAUACGACAUUCUACCUCUGGGGCUAUCUCAAUGGGUCAUCAGUUGAGCAUGUAAUGGGACUAUCAUGCAUUCAAUAUGCGGAGACAGUCAAUGUACGGACACGUUUUCAUCUUCCAGGACUAGAAAUCGAUGAAACGAACCCUCCAGUUCCUGACGAAUCAUCGGCCAAGUUGGCACCAAAUCUUUACACACCUAUCCCUGAAUGGUGGGUCCUGAAUGCAAAUGGAAGGUACCCAAAGUUCGACGGUUUCUUCCAAGACCUUACCUCUGGAAGAUACGCUAUUCCUAUCGAGAACUUCAAAAGUGAAGAGCACGAUGAAGCAGUUGCCGACGCAAUCAAACAUCAACACAAGAUCAUCUCUGCCCAGCAAUUCAAUAACUAUACUCGUGGAACCGCAAACGAUAGUAUUGCCCAUUCGCCAAUACUAGGCAAUGUUACGACGUCAAACCGAUUGCGUGUUGUUCAGGAUGUCACUUCAACCCGAAUUUUGGAAGGGUUGUUGGCAUUCAUCUUGGCACUGGGUAUCAUCGGAUCGAUGCUACUGAAUACGGAUCGGGUAAUUCCUAAGAACCCCUGCAGCAUUGCAGCAGUGGCAAGCAUUGUUGCAGACUCACAACUACUUGACGAGUUUCUGAAGGGAGUUUGGGACCCAGAUGGCAAGAAGCUGAAUCGGGUCUUCGCCUAUCAACGUUUUCACCUUGGAUGGUGGGAGAGUGAGAAAAGUAUGAGUGAUGAUACCGAAAAAAGAUUCUUCACAGUUGAUCAUAGAUCGGCCGGGGUUGGGAUCUAA